AUGUCCCCGGUCGCCGCGCAGCAGUUUAAAUCGAAUGCUCUGUUUCGUGUUCUUGCCUUCCUCGACAAUACCGGAGCACAGGCAUUUGCGCUAGACGCUGAGGUCGACGAGACCGGUAACUUUCGGAAUCCGGAGAGCGUGUUCGCCGUGGAUGCCGCCAUUACCGGCGUUCUCACAGCGGCCCUCGAUGCCCUGCGAGCCAACGUGCGUCGUCUCUUCACGGACGCCGCUGAGCAGCACGCACUGCUGACUGUGCUGGGUACCGGCGCGCCGGAACCGUCAAAGAAGGCGUCGCUGCGGAUCACCACCACUUCUGCGCCGCUACCGCCCGAAGAGGGCGGCGCCGCGCCGGCGGACUUGAGCAGUGACGAGGCCCUGCCGCAACAGGAAUCCUCCUCCAUCCCGCUUUCCUCAGCACCUGUAAGCACUGCCUGGAGCGAAGCAGCGUUGCACCCCACCUCUCUUGCGCACUACGCAGACGAUGUCGAAAACGAGAUUCCGAUUCACUUGCUGGUUCGACUACGCGAGGUGCUCAGUAUCCCCGCCGCGCCAUUAUGCUGCUGCAGCUGUUCUCCUUUUGUGGAGCAGCUCCUCAUCGACGGGCUUGAUGAGUGGCUUCGCCGCUGCCGGGUCGAUGAGGUGAAGCGGAUGAUACUAGCGUGCGGCGUUCAGCCUACGGUGUUGAACUCGACAUUCAUGCAGAAGCGGGCAUCCGAUGCACAAGACGCUGCUCUGCCCGAUGCUCUGGCAGAUUUCGUGGUGGACGUUGUCUUCCCUGUGCCCGCACAGGCAGGCAAGGCGUCGGCGAACGCGUCGAGCACCGCCACCGCGGAGGCGCUCCAAGACUGGCUCAUCCUAUCCUUCGAGAAGAAUCACGAGGCCGUUGACAUCGAAGACGAAGAGGCUUCGGCGAGCGGGCAAAGUGACUGCAGCGACAACAGCGGCACGAACAGCCAAGGUGAGAGGAAGCGCACCCGCACAGACAACACGCGUCCCUCGUCAGACGACAGGGACGGUCUCGGCGCGUGGGAACCGACAAAGGGCGAGGAGGUGCUUACGGCUGAGAACAUUGAUCGAUAUCUGCUUGAGUGCCCCCAGCGUAUUCCCAAAGAGAUCCUGCGAGAGAAGCGUAAGCGCAUCUCUGACGCAAGCAUCACGGAGUUUGAGCUGAAUCAUCACUACACAGCCGCUGAGCUCAAGAAGCUCGUGAAGGAGGGCCUGGGCACCAUGACCGCGUCCGAGGCGACGGACUUUAUGGAGUGUCCGGUGACAGAGGCCCAGGUGCAGCAAGCAGCACGAAUGACGCGCAAGGCGCAGUGUGUGGCGUGGAUACUGUCUGUCCACGAAGCUGCGGCAUAG